GCGUGUUAUCAACUUUGUCCCACAGUUGGGAAAAUGGCGUCUGCCAUCAGUCACCUUGGCCGGGUUCUCUCUCGCCUAAAAACGGCAGAGAUUGUGAAGGUUUCAAAAUGCAUCAGCCAAUCACGAUUGUUUCAUUUACAAAAUGCAAAUAGAGCUGUAAUGAAGGUGGACAUGCCUUCCUUGUCCCCUACAAUGUCAGAGGGCAGCAUCAUCAAAUGGCACAAGAAAGAAGGUGAUAUGGUUGCCCCUGGCGAUGACCUGUGUGACAUCCAGACAGACAAAGCUAUGGUGACACUGGAUACAGAUGAGGAAGGAAUUCUUGCAAAAAUCAUAAUACCGGAGAACACUACGGACAUCAAGGUGGGGACAUUGAUCGCUGUAAUGGUUGAGGAGGGUGAUGACUGGCAGAACGUCCAAGUUCCUACAGAUGCUGUGCCACCAGCCCCUGGUGGAGACCAGCCUGUACAGGAAACAGCAGGAACUCCCACAGAGCCAACAACAACCGUAGGGCCUAUUGGACCAUCUGUUCGCAAGCUGAUGGAGGAAUAUAAUCUAUUUGGUGUGUCUGUGCCUGGUACAGGGCCACAUGGGAGGCUCACAAAGGGUGAUAUACUCAACUAUAUAAAAGCAAAAAGUCUAAGCAAACAAACAUUACCAGUAGAAUCUGUACAGCCUACAGAGCCUGCUGUUACUACUAGUGGACAAGCAGUUCCACCCGCUGGGCCUCCUCGACCACUCCAGGAUAUAGAGGGCGCUGAGUUUAUAGAUUUCGAACUGACCUCCAUGAGGAAAACGAUAGCAAAAAGGCUGACACAGUCUAAGACAACAAUACCACACGCCUACAUAUCAGUGGAAUGUAAUUUGGGUGCAGUCACAAAAAUGAGAAAUCAGCUGAAAAGUGAGAAUGUUAAAGUCUCUGUGAAUGAUUUCAUAAUCAAGGCAUCUGCAAUAGCACUACAGAGAGUGCCAUGUGUCAACUCGGUGUGGCAAGGAGAUACAGCACAGUCCUCUCCAGCUGUAGACGUGUCAGUGGCCGUGGCAACAGAUCAGGGGCUGAUAACUCCAAUUGUUAAAAGUGCAGCACAUUUACCAGUAGAUGAAAUAUCAAGUACAGUUAGAGAAUUAGCAAUGAAAGCUAGAGAAGGAAAAUUGCAGUUGCAUGAGUUCCAAGGAGGAUCUUUUACAAUCUCCAACCUUGGGAUGUUUGGCAUCAGUGAGUUCACGGCUGUUAUCAAUCCUCCCCAGACAGCCAUCAUGGCAGUGGGGGCGUCCCGGCUCGUCGUCAGCAGUGAGGGUAAACCCCAAACGAAUCUCACAGUUAGUCUGUCGUAUGACAGUCGUGUCAUAGAUGAGACCGAGGCAUCGCGGUUCCUGGAAGUAUGGCGCGACGUAAUGGAAAACCCAAGUUUUAUGAUAUCUGGUUCCCCAAAAUCUCAACUUGCAGCAGACUUUGCAUGAUGAUAAACAAAAUAACAGUACAAUUUUUAAAGAAACUUCAAGUGAAUAUUUUUGUUUUAGUAUGUUUGUUAUGGAAAUAGCAUAUAGCAUACAGAUUAACUAGAAAGACUGCCAGAACUGUCAUGUACCAUACAUUGGACACUAUACUGUGACUAAGUGAAGCUGCUGCUAUACUUUUACUACAGAUGUCAUGAAAACUAGCUCAUUUAUAAUAUGUGGUCCUGGAAAAAAUUCAGAAGGUAAAAUGUUGUUUGGAACGAGAAAAACUUUAAACCAUUCAUAGUUACAUUCAUGCACAUGUACUUAAAUUAAAUUAAUGAUAUAUGGAUUUAUUAGAUUUUUGAUUUAAUACCAGAACUGCAUGGAAUGGGGGAGGCAAGUUACAGGAGAAUUUCUCAAGUUCAGAAAUGUGAUCAUAUACACUGCAAGAACUGUAGAUAUUUUUACCAUAGUUCCAUAGAACUACAACAUGUGCAAUGCUAUAAUUUUCAGGUAAUUUUAAGUGACUGUGUUAAUCCCAGACACUAGUAGAUUGCAUUCCUACACACUUCAAGGCAGAAAAUUAGUUUUUAAAAGUAUAAUGCUACCUUAAAAUUUUACAUAUACAGUUCGUUUCCAAAUGAAUAGGAAUUUGAACUCGCUUUUUUAAUUGAUGGCCUUUUUUUUUAGUUUCAUAAGAAUGAACCCAUUGAUUACACUGUAUGUGGCAAUUCUGAAUGAUAAGGAGGCCAAUUUUUGUUUAAGGGAGACAAUUCUCAACAAAUCUCAGAUGUAACUUGUGGGGUAGUAUACAUCCCUAAGUAUAGAUAAUGCCCAUUUCAUU